GCCCUCUUGCCUUUCCCUUUGCAUCUUGUCUCCAAGUACGACUCACCCAUUCCGGUGACCAGGUCUUAUUUGGCAAAGGGAAGACUGUGGAGUAUGAGCAGGGGCUGCGUGGGAUGAGCCGUGCAUCCUCAGAGUGCCAGCCAUUGUGCUGCCUAGAAGAGCCUUUCUUUACUCCGACAGAAGAGGGAGAGGAGGUCUGAAAUGGAGGGAAACAGAUCUUGACAGUUGCUGUCAUUGUACUUCGGUGCCAGGAUGGAGGCCCCACUGGUGAGUCUGGAUGAAGAGUUUGAAGAUAUCAGGCCCAGUUGCACUGAGGAGCCAGAGGAAAAGCCACAGAGUCUGUAUGGCACAUCUCCUCACCACCUGGAGGACCCUUCCCUCUCUGAGCUUGAGAAUUUUUCUUCCGAAAUAAUCAGCUUCAAGUCCAUGGAGGACCUCGUGAAUGAAUUUGAUGAGAAGCUCAAUGUCUGCUUUCGGAACUACAACGCCAAGACGGAGAGCCUGGCUCCAGUGAAGAACCAGCUGCAGAUCCAGGAGGAGGAGGAGACUCUUCGUGAUGAGGAGGUUUGGGAUGCUCUGACAGACAAUUACAUCCCUUCACUCUCAGAAGACUGGAGGGACCCAAACAUUGAAGCUCUGAAUGGCAACAGCUCUGACACUGAGAUUCAUGAGAAGGAAGAAGAAGAGUUCAAUGAGAAGAGUGAAAAUGACUCUGGCAUCAAUGAGGAGCCUCUCCUCACAGCUGACCAGGUGAUUGAGGAGAUCGAAGAAAUGAUGCAGAACUCUCCAGAUCCUGAGGAGGAAGAGGAGGUGCUGGACGAGGAGGAUGGAGGAGAAAUCUCAUCCCAGGCAGAUUCAGUCCUGCUACAAGAGAUGCAGGCCCUGACACAGACCUUCAACAACAACUGGUCCUAUGAAGGGCUGAGACACAUGUCUGGGUCUGAGCUGACAGAGCUGCUGGACCAGGUAGAGGGUGCCAUCCGUGACUUCUCAGAGGAGCUGGUCCACCAGCUGGCCCGCAGAGAUGAGCUGGAGUUUGAGAAGGAAGUGAAGAACUCCUUCAUCACGGUGCUCAUUGAGGUUCAGAACAAGCAGAAGGAGCAGCGGGAACUGAUGAAGAAGAGGCGGAAAGAGAAGGGGUUAAGCCUGCAGAGCAGCCGGAUAGAGAAGGGAAGUCAGAUGCCUCUCAAGCGCUUCAGCAUGGAAGGCAUCUCCAACAUCCUGCAGAGCGGCAUCCGCCAGACCUUUGGCUCCUCAGGAGCUGACAGACAGUAUCUGAACACAGUCAUCCCUUAUGAGAAGAAAUCCUCUCCUCCAUCUGUGGAAGACCUGCAGAUGCUGACAAACAUUCUCUUCGCCAUGAAGGAGGAUAACGAGAAGGUGCCUACUUUGCUAACGGACUACAUUUUAAAAGGAUCUCAUGCAGACCAAGAUCGCCUCAAACUCUCUAUGUAGCUGAGGAAGACCUUGACAUUCUGGUCUUCCUGCCUUCACCUUCCAAGUGCUGGGAUCAGCACGAUGCCCAGCCUAUAAUGUACAUUAACAACAACAACAGCAACAGCAGCAGCAGCAGCAACAACAACAACAGCAACAACAACAACAAUAGCAACAACAACUAUAGUCUUCCCUUUCCCCUGUCUUCCUUCUUUUAAAUUUGUUUGUUAAGUUGUAGAAUAUCUUUGUCCUAGAUUCUUCCUAAUUUCAGCCCAAGGUAUAAUUUAGUCUACUCUCUGUCUCCUUUAUUUAUUGUAACUAAUGGAACAAGAGGCUUGAUCAGAUCCAAGCUUGGGUCUUUUGCCAAACAGACAUAAUGGGUAUUUAUAGGACCUCGUGAAGAACACUACACUGUCUGCGUGUGUCUUCUUUUAGUCUGUUACUGGCCAACACACUGUCUAGACCCAACAUCUUAUGAAUUCUUGCUCCACAUUCAUACAAAACUUAGAAGAGUUGCAGGAGGUUUAUGGAACCUGGUUAUGAAAUCCCAAACUGUACUCUUUCUAUGGGGAUCAGGGGGAUUAAUGCUAAAUUUCAAUAGGAAGAAUUUAGGUUAAAAAUUAGAAAGAACUUGUGACUCUGAAAGACUUUGCAAGAAAAGAAGUUUUUCAAAGAAGUUUGUAGAGAUGAGUUAUGUGACAUUGGUGAGCAGACAUGUGACCUGCUGAAAUGUCAGUGAAUUUAUAAAAGUAGUUAAUAUUUACGAAGCAUAUUUUACAAGUCUCUCAGCAACCUACGAGCAGCUUAGGUAUAUCCUAGUAUGUGGGUGAAGAACAAGAAUGGAAAGGAAAGGCAUUUUCUUAAAGCCACAGAGUUAGAUCCAUGGGUGGUGGAGACUAAAGUGCUUGAUAUUGUAAUGGACACCUGUCAUUCUCUUCUGUCCUCGGAGGGAUGACUCAGGGCUGCAGUCAUUGCCUGGUCCUCAGGGUAGCUCUCUGCUCAGUGUGAUCCCUGCAUGACCUCUCUCCUCUUCUCG